AUGAGUCCCUCCUCCGAAAAGUCCGAUCCCGAUGUCGAGCGAUCGUCGGUUGACGCCGUCGACGAUCAGCCGGGUGACACCGCGCACGAACUCGAGCUGGAGCGCAUUCAUACUUAUCGGCUGCAGCAGCAACAGACCGUAGGAUCGACUCGAAGUCGCACGCCGCGCGACCGAUGGCUGCCCAUGGGCGCCGGCAAGCCGUAUCCGCCGUCGCUGCCCGAGUCGGAAUCAUUCGUCGUCGAAUUCGAGGGAGCCGACGAUCCCAUGCACCCGCAGAAUUGGCCCAUGAAGAAACGAGUGACGAUCGCCUCGCUUUUGACCUUUUGCGCCCUGACGACGGCGUACGCCAGCGCCGUGUUCGCUACGGCUGGCCCCGGCGUCAUGAAGGAGUUUGGAUUCGGUCAGGAAGUCGCAGCGUUGGGCACGACACUGUAUGUGCUGGGUUUCUCGGGCGGUCCGACCAUCUGGGCGCCAGCCUCGGAGCUGAUCGGACGGCGCUGGCCCUUGAUCAUCGGCAUGCUGGGCUUCGACAUCUUCACCAUCGCCUGUGCCACGGCCAAAGACACGCAAACGGUCAUGCUGACCCGGUUCUUCUCGGGCUUCUUCGCCGCCAGCGUCAUCGCGCUUGUGCCGGCUAGUCUGUCGGACCUGUUCAACAACCACCAUCGCGGGAUCGCCAUCGCCAUGUACACCAUGAGUGUCUUCACCGGCCCCUUCACCGCGCCCUUCGUGGGUGGCUUCACGGCUGAAAGCUACCUGGGCUGGCGCUGGACGCUGUACGUGCCCGCCUUCGUGGGAUUCUUCAGCCUGGCCUUGAUGGUGCUCUUCGCGCAGGAGACAUACGCUCCGGUAGUCUUGUCGCACAAAGCGUCCAUCCUGCGACGUCAAACGCGCAACUGGGGCAUCCAUGCGCGACAGGACGAAAUGGAGGUCGAUUUCCGCCAGUUGGUCACCAAGAACUUGGCCCGCCCAUUUCGCAUCCUCUUCACUGAGCCGAUCGCUUUUCUCUUGACUUUGUACAUGUCAUUCAUUUACGGACUGGCAUAUGCCCUGCUCUCAGCCUACCCUAUCAUAUUCCAGGACGUGCACGGCAUGGGUCUUGGCGUCGGCGGAUUGCCAUUCAUCGGCCUCGUCUUGGGCGAGAUCGCCGGCAGCACGUUCGUGUUGUCGCUGCAGCCCUCGUACGCGCGCAAGCUGGAGGCGAAUAACAACGUGCCCGUGCCCGAAUGGCGUCUCCCACCGUGUAUCGUGGGCGGCGUGGCUUUUGCCGGCGGCUUGUUCUGGUUUGGUUGGACGGGCUAUGAUCCGUCCAUUCACUGGAUGGCGCCCACGGCUGCCGGCGUGAUGGUGGGCUUUGGUAUCACGUCCAUCUUCAUGCAGGGAUUCAAUUACCUACUGGAUUCAUAUCUGAACUUUGCCGCCUCGGCGUUCGCCGCAAAUACAAUGAUGCGAUCGAUGGUCGGCGCCUGCUUUCCGCUCUUCACGCGUCAGAUGUUCAAUAAUAUGGGCGUGCAGUGGGCCGGGACACUGCUGGGUUGCAUCGCCGUGGUGAUGAUUCCUAUUCCAGUGCUCUUCCUCAUCUUUGGGCCGCGUCUGCGCCGGAAGAGUCGGCUGGCACCAUCGGGAGAUGAUGGCGUCAAGCGGUCAUAA